AUGAAGAAGAAAGAGGAAGAAAAAGAGUCAGAUAAUUUGGAUGAUAUUGACAGUAAUGAAAAAUGGGGAAAUGAUGAUGAUAGUGGUUGGGAAAAUGUAGAAGAUAUCAAAGAAGAGAACAAAAAUAUAUGCAUGGAGUUGGUUGAAUAUGCAAUGAAAAAGUAUAAGUCAUAUAGAAGAAUUCCUGACUAUGUUAUUCAGGAAUUGAAUAAUAAAAAAUAG